AUGGCUCUUGCCAUUUAUUCUCAACCUGGCACUGCCACCAUCCGCAUCCCGGCCACGCUUUGCCAGGACUAUGGCAGUAGCAUCCUCACUGAUUUGAUUUCUCCAUAUGAUUCUUGUAGACCUCACCCCCAGUCUGAAAAGGAUGGUCCAGAAUGGGUUUUAAAUGGGUUGCAUUUGACAGCAGGCUUUUCUCUCUAUCCCUCAGGUUACCAUGGCCUCUACUGUGAGGAGGAAUAUAACGAAUGCCUGUCUGGUCCAUGCCUGAACGCUGCCACCUGCAAGGACCUGCUUAAUGGUUACGAGUGUGUGUGCCUGGCAGAAUACAAAGGAAUACACUGUGAGUUGUACAAGGAUCCCUGUGCUAACAUCAGCUGUCUGAACGGAGGCACCUGUGACAGUGAAGGCCUGAAUGGCACCUGUGUCUGUGCACCAGGGUUUAUAGGUGAAGAGUGUGACAUUGACAUUAAUGAAUGUGACAGCAACCCCUGCCAUCACGCUGGAACCUGCCUGGACCAGCCCAAUGGUUAUACCUGCCACUGCCCACAUGGCUGGGUGGGAGCGAACUGUGAAAUCCACCUCCAGUGGAAGUCUGGGCACAUGGCCGAGAGCCUCACCAACAUGCCUCGGCACUCACUCUACAUCAUCAUCGGUGCCCUCUGCGUUGCCUUCAUCCUGAUGCUGAUCAUCCUGAUCGUGGGGAUUUGCCGCAUCAGUCGCAUCGAGUACCAGGGCUCUUCCCGGCCCGCCUAUGAGGAGUUCUACAACUGCCGCAGCAUCGACAGCGAGUUCAGCAAUGCCAUCGCGUCCAUCCGGCAUGCCAGGUUUGGAAAGAAAUCCCGGCCUGCAAUGUAUGAUGUGAGCCCUAUCGCCUAUGAAGAUUACAGUCCUGAUGACAAACCCUUGGUCACUCUGAUUAAAACAAAAGAUUUGUAAUCUUUUUUUGGAUUAUUUUUCAAAAAGAUGGGAUACUACACUCAUUUAAAUAUUUUUAAGAAAAUAAAAAGCUUAAGAAAUUUAACACUUUAGCUGCUCAAGAGUUUUCAGUAGAAUAUUUAAGAACUAAUUUUCUGCAGCUUUUAGUUUCAAAAAAAUAUUUUAAAAACAGAAUUUGUGAAAUUCAUAGACUACGUUUUAAUGUACUUUCAGCUUUCUAAAUUGUAUGCCUCAACUAAUGUGUGCUCUUUUCAUGGUAGUCGCUGUCAAGAAAUCCAAAUUAAUUUCUGUGGUUGUUACAGAAUAAGUCUAUUCAAGAAGUUUCUAUUUGACACGUGAGUGCUGGCUUUCUGAGUAGAGUUAGGAGAAACUUGUAGCGUAUGAUGCAUAAUACAGUAUACCCGAAGUCUGAAAUGUUUGUUUUGUGAAAAAGAAACUAGUUAAAUUUAUUAUUCCUAACCCGAAUGAAAUUAGCCUUUGCCUUAUUCUGUGCAUGGUAAUUUAUCUCUGCAGUGUUGUCACACUUUGCAGAAACAUUCUUUCGAGUUUGUUUUUUGUCAGUUUCGUAACAGCUGUCGAACUAGGUCUGGAAAACAUCCAUGUUGAAAGGGCCUAGCGAGACAAAUUAUGAUACAUUUGAAUCUAUAUUUUUCUUUAAAACGUCAAGGUUUUUAUAUUGUGAGUAAAUUAAAAUUACAUUUGCAUUGUUUGUUGCUAAGAGGUAGUAGAAGUAGGAGGCGUACUGGUUCCUUCAGUAGUGAGUAUUUCCCGUAGUGCAUCUUUAUUUAUCUCCAGGACUCUUUUGUGGCUGUAUUUGAUUGAUACGUGCUUCUUCUGAUUCUUGCUAAUUUCAGAGAAUACUGAAUAAAUGUUACCAAGGCAAGGA